AUGCCGCCCAACCCGUUCCUCCUGGCCGCGGACAACCCCGCCGCACUACUGCCACUGCUCCGCGAGAACCCCUCUAUCGCUUCUGAACAGGAUGAUCACGGGUAUUCACUGCUCCACGCUGCUGCGAGCUACAAUCACCUUGAUCUCCUGCGUGCCCUAGUCAACGAGUUCCACGUGCCUGUCGACCUGCGUGACGAGGAUUCCGAGACCGCCCUGUUCGUCGUCGAGACUGUCGAGGCCGCCCGGGUCCUUGUCGAAGAGCUUGGGCUCGAUAUUAGCAUCACCGGCGAGGAGGGACAGACAGCACGUCAGAAGAUUGAACAAGACGGUGACUUCCCAGCCGUGGCCGACUAUCUCGCGACCAAGGAGCCCGCGCCGGUCAAUGGACUUGCCAAUGGCGAUCUUCCACCGCCUCCUCAGGGCCUAUCGGUGAAUAUCGGUACCAUGACUGAAGAAGAUACCGGCGAUGCACUGCCCAACCCGGAGUUUAGGAGGCGCAUCGAGGAGCUGGCUGAGAGGGAGGAUUUCCACACAGCGGCUGGCCAGGCAGCGCUACGGCAACUGGUCGAGGAGGCGAUUUCGGGCGAGGAGCUGGCAGAGGAUCGUAACGUCCGGCCCCGGGAAGGAUGA